GGCCUUUCUGUACACAUGCGCACUGUCGCCGCUGGGGAGAUGGCUAGCUGUCGGGUUUUGCGCCAAGUCUGGUGUGGCUGCCGGCGGGGGCCGGGGGUCCGCCCAGGGUCCCAGGCCUCAAGCUUUGGCACCAAAGCCGGACAUCAGCUGCGCCGAGGAGGAUCCAGCAAGCGGUCGGGGCCGUUGGGGGACCAGCCAUUCGCGGGGGUGCUGCAGCUAGAGAAUCUCACCCGGGAAGGGCUGGUUGAUGCGCUGAGGGCAGCCAUAGUGGACCAGAGAGGACCUCUUGUUACGCUGAAUAAGCCACCAGGUCUACCAGUGACAGGAAAACCAGGGGAGCUGACAUUGUUCUCGGUGCUGCCAGAGCUGAGCCAGUCGCUGGGGCUUAAGGAUCGGGAGCUCCAGGUUGUCCAGGCAUCUGGGAAAGACACCUCUGGGCUUGUACUCCUCUCCAGCUGUCCUCAGACAGCAAGCCGCCUGCAGAAGUUCUUCAUCCACUCACGGAGAGCCCAGAGACCCACAGCCACCUACUGUGCUGUCACUGAUGGGAUUCCAGCUACUUCUGAGGGGGAUAUCCAGGCAACUCUGAAACUGGAACACAUUGAUGGUGUUGAUCUAGUAAUUCCAGUGAAGUCCCCAUCCCGGAAAGACUUCCAAGAAGGUGUCAAGAGGACCUUCAGCCACUUCCAUGUGGUGGCCAUGGGCUCUGGCUGUGCCCUGGUCCAGCUGCAGCCACUGACAGGAGUCCUAUUUGGUUGUUUUACAAAUAAAAAUGGCCCUGAAAAAUAUAGAGCAUCUUUUUUUCUCAUAUUUUUUCAAGUUAAACAUACUGAUAUUUCUAUAUUUCAAUUCUAUAUGUAUUUCUGUAUUUUCAUUGUCUGAAGUUCUGGAGGGCCUAAUCCUAUGGUGUUUCAUGCUGACUCUCAUACUUGGUAGAUUUUCAUUGCUCUGUGAUUCAGGAAUGUGGAUUCACGUUCAGCUGGGCCUUUAUCUGUGGAAAUCUUUUGUUGCCUCACUGUAGGUAGGGCCCUCCGGAGUGGUUCUGCCAUUGGUUCUGCCAAAUGCCCCAGAGCUAUCACUGUUUCAAGAUCUCUUUGAAUAUUAAUGUCUUGGUUGGAAGUUCACAGAUUACGCUGGUAUUGAGUCCCAAACCUGUGUGAGAGUGGGCUCAUGGUUGUGAAUUCUCAGGGGAAAACUUCACUCCCUUCACCCAUACCUAAGGUGAUGACCUGUCUUCAUCGGUGGCUAGCUUUUUCUCCUGGUUCACCCCUUUACUGAAGAUGUAGCUCCUCUAGAAUUUCAUUUGGGUACCAAGGCCUCAGCCCUGGCCCCUAGGUAGCUACUUAAACCCAAGACCCCUGGAUACCAAGAUUUGCAGCAUCCCUGGAAUAGAUGAAACGUUGGCACUUGUGUACUGUGGAUUUGUUUUCUACUGGCUUUGGUCUUGGGGACCUUAAUUUCCUCUGCCCAGCUCUAUAUUUAAAAGAAUGGUUCUUAUAUUUUUCUGGUAUUUCUAGGUGGUUUAGAGCAAGAAAUUUUUUAGAUUAUCCAGUCCACCAUAUUGCUAGACAUGGAAGCAGAGUAGUAGCUCCUGGGUUUGAAUCCCAGCUAAUGGUAGUGGGCAAGUCACUUCUUUUUGAGCUUCAGUUUUCCUGUGUGAAGAUGGGAAUGAUGAUAGGACCCCCUUAUCAGGCUGUUAUGAGGAUUAAAUAAAUUUACGUAUGUGAAGCACUUUGUACCAUGCCUAGCACAUAGCUCCCCAUUUCUUUGUCAGGUUUCCCCAAAACCUGUUCAAAUUGGGGUAAGCUAAAAACAGGGAAGGUAUUGGCUCCCAUAACUUAAAGUUUAGGCAUGGCUAGAUCUUGAGGCUCAGAGGAUGUCCUCGGGAUGUUCUUUCUUCAUUUCUUUUUGCCUCCUGCAUAUUGGCUUCUCCCUCCCACAGGCUCUCCUCUGGGCACGGUAGAGAUGGCCAGAGGCUCUGGCCGCUCCAGGCCUGCACCCACCAGUUUAGUACCCUAGAAGGAAAAAGCAUUCCUUGUUUCCAGUAGCUUCAGCAGUAAAUUCAGGGUUGCAUCUCUUCAUGAGCGAAUCUUACAGGCUGGGUAGAUUGAUGGUUAUGACGGUGCUGACCUGCUCUUGCACCCUGCUCUGGACUCGGGCGGUAGCAUUGACCUCACUAAAACCACGUGAUCUGUAAAUGGGAGCAGAGUGGUGGUGUUUCCCCAGAGGAGAGGAGGGAUGAUGAUCCUGGGUGGGACAGAAAGAGCAACUGCCUACCAUCUGUCCUCUGUCUCCUGUC